GAUCUCCACACGCCACAGCCCAUGCUUUCUGUAGUCCUCGCCUUAUUCCUCUGUUUUAGGAGAGCCUUCUCUUCUCUGGUGAAACUCGACCACCACCAGCAGAUGAAAUUCCAUUACACACCAUCGACUAUUUCCAGACUCAUACUCUCUGUAUCCAGUCUGAAGAAUCAUUGCCGCCAUAGAGAGAGGACCGAGAAGACUGCUUUAAUGCCGAAUGAGGUCGUCGGGAUCGACUGAAGGAAUAUGGGAAGCGAAGAUUCGAUUGGGAUGAGGGGAAGGAGAGCAGGCGACGUUUUGGUUCGAAGUGUUGGGGUCAAGAUGGGAUUGAAGGAGCCGAGCGUGGAUUUGUUAGGGGUCGAGAAGGCAGUGGAGGUGCCUGUGCUGUGGACAACGAGUAGUGGAAGAAGGUAGGUGUGCAGAUGAGGCAAGGAGAAGAAUGACGGGU